UACAGGAAAAUGAUACAACUGUUCCAACUUGUAUAAUGAUGAACCUGACAGACUGUGGGGACUACUUGUACAAUGGCGUCUGCUCUAAGAAGAACUGGGUCUCUGAAUCUAUACUUCAAGACACUGAUUCAGGUCUGUACCAGGUGAGAGCGAAUCCAGAGACAGCUUCCAUGGAUGUAAUCGGCUUCACCCCAGGGACUCGGGAUCAGGUACAAGUGACGUAUGCAUCCCACUGUUGUAACACCGAGGUUGAGGUGAUUGGUGUCGAUGGUCAAGGUAACGUGGGCAAGUGUUUGAUCAACAUGGACUGCAAGGUGAGUGGGUCAAUGUUAUCUAUCAACCAGGGCCAUUAGAUAUUCACCAGGGCCACUAGAUAUUCACCAGGGCCAUUAGAUAUUCACCAGGGCCACUAGAUAAUCACCAGGCCACUAGAU